GGGCGAUGUGCAACUGAGCAGCAGGACUGGAAAACUCAGCAACUCGGCAGCAAAAUAACCGGGUUAAAGAGAGAAGAGACGCGGCAGCCUUUGGUUCCCCGAUUGGUACGCAGAACUGGGAUAGAGGGGAGAACUGUGCCGUGAUAAAUGCAGUGAAGGAUACAGUAGAGAUACAGCAUCAGCCGGAAACCGAUGCUUAGUUAGCGAGGAUCGCUAGCCACAAAUCAAGGAAUCAACGCAAUCGGGAAUCAGUAAACCUGAAGGAGAAUUACAGCGUUUAUUAUGGUGCCGGUGUUGCCGUGGUCAUAGAGCGGAUUCCCAGCCCCAUGCAUCACCUGUGGUGUCCAUAGCAACCCCUGCCUUGCCCUGGUAGCUCUUCCUUUCAGUGUUUCUCCCCCUGCUCUGGUUGUGGAGCCCCCUGCAGGAGGAUGUCGGCGGCACAGACGCAGAGCGACGGCGAGCAGCGGUGGGGCUGCCUGGAGUCUCUGGGCCUGAGCCCUCGGGAACUGGUGCUGGCGGAGGCCCUGCAGAUGGAGUACGACGCCCUGUCCCGUCUCAAGCAGGAGAAAUCGCCCUCCGGCCGUGGUGUCAGUGAGGGGGGGAAGGCGCCCCCCGGUGGCGGCGGCGAGCACUCAGGCCCGAGGCCGAGCCUCAGCCCGCCGGGGAGGAACCUCCUCAGAGGCCUGUCGGGCUCCGACCCCACGCUCAACCUCCAGCCGGGCGUGUCUAACCCGUCGCGGGCCAACCUGGAGCCGCGGAGCUACAGCAAGGAGCCCCUCUACAUCCUGGACAGUCCCGUCAAGGGUGACUACGAGGGCCCGUCCUUGCUGCUGCCCAAAAACUUCAACCCGCCCGACGACCCGCCACCCGCCGUCCCGCCCCGCAACCCCAUCCCCGCCGAACCCUUCCCAUCCCGGCGGAGCUGUGCACCCCGAGACGUAAACCUGUUCACCCCCGACGUGGACCAGCCCAAACUGUCCGGCGGGGAGGCGCUGAACUACGAGAACCUCAACGAGUCCCUGGCCAGGCUGAAUGGGGACUGGCCGCACCCCAGGGGCCGCAGGGGCAACGCAGACACAUCGGGGAAGCCAGUGGCUCGCAGCAAGACCCUCCCCCCGCAGGUGCCCCCCCGCACCUACCUGCCCAUCCAGAAGAGCAACAAGAACCAGCGCAGAGUUUCCGCCGACCCGGUUUCCCUGGGCUCCCGGCUCAAUGGCUUCGGCUACGAGCUCUUUCAGGUGUCUGAGGAGAGGGACGAGGAGGUGGCGGCGUUCUGCCACAUGCUGGACGUGUUGCGGUCGGCCUACCCGUGCAGCGACCUUUCCAAGAAUGCGGGGUUCGUGUGGAGCCCCUGCGUGGCACAGGACGAGCUGCAGCAGGGCCUUGGCGUCAGCGUCAAGGUGACCGUCAUCAGCGACCACUUCAGAGAGCCGCUCACCUUCACCUGCGACGGCUCGUCCACAGUGGACCUGCUUAUCUACCAGACGCUAUGCUACGCCCACGACGACCUGGACCUGAUCGACGUGGAGGACUACCUGCUGAAGGUGUGCGGCCAGGCCGAGUUCCUGAAGAACAAUCAGACCCUGGCUAGCCUGGAGUACAUUCAGCAGUGUCUCAAGUUUGACUGGGAGAUCCGUCUCUUCCUGACGAAGCGGGAGUCUGUGAACCGGGAGCUGGCCCGCACGGAGGAGGAUGAUGAGACUCCUUCCACGAUGAACCAGAGCAUCCUCCUGCAGGAGCGGCCAAUCAAGCAGACCGUCACAAGGGAAGCUCUCACCCUUCUCCUGGACACCUUCCACAACGAGGCAGAGUCCUUCCUUCUGUCAGAGGUGGAGCUUCCGCUGCGUGUGGAGAGACUGGUACAGUCUGUCAAGGCACUGUGCAGUUCGCUGGCUGCCGUGGAGACGCCUGACAUCACCUCCGCCCUCAACCAACUGCCUGCCUGCCCUUGCCGCCUACAGCCCCGUGUCCAGAAGGAUGUGUCCGUGCUGGCGAAGAGAGAGAACAGAGAGAAAGUGGUGGAGAGGCUGACAGCCUCCAUCCUAGACCUGGUGGAGUUGUACUGCAGCACCUUCAACGCCAACUUCCACACCACCCCCCAGAGCAGCCGGCCCACAGCCCCCACGCAGGAGGCUGGCCUGGUCACCAACGUCCUGUCCUUCAAUGUCUACGCCGCUCACCGCAUCCCAAUCACCUGGGCUGCCAGCUAUGAGGGCUUCUUCCUGUCCUGUUCCUUGACCCAUGGAGGUGCAGAGCUCUGCGCCCCCCAGCACACCAGCAAGCAGUCUGUCAGCAAGUACCUCUUCCACCUGGUGGUGUGGGACCAGAGGAUCUGUUUCCCGGUGCAGAUCAACCAAUUGCCGCGAGAGACGCAGCUGACGGUGACCCUCUACGCCACGUUGUUGCCGCCACCAGGAGGUGCCGAGGAUAAGAGCAAGCAGCGGCGCAGCAUGGAGCCGCUGGGCUGGGUCACCAUGCCCCUCUUCAACUUCAGACACGUCCUUACAUGUGGCAGGAAGUUGCUUGGGCUGUGGCCUUCGACCCCAGGAAGUGGAAAUGCACGUUCCAGCACCCCCAACUUCAGCCAGCCAGACAGUGUCAUCCUGCAGGUGGACUUCCCCACUUCCUCCUUCGAGGUACGCUUCACCACACCCCCGCCUGCCGAAUUCAGCCCCCAGUACGAGUUCUCCCGCCUGGACCAGAGCAGCCAGCGACAGCUGCAGGACGUCCUGCACAAGAAGUCCCUCUUCUGGCUGACCCAGGAGGACAAGCGGCUGCUAUGGGAGAAGCGCUACUUCUGCCACUCGGAGAGCAGCGGGCUGCCCCUGGUGCUCGCCAGCGCCCCCAGCUGGGAGUGGGCCUGCCUGCCCGACAUCUACGCCCUGCUGCGGCAGUGGGCCUGCAUGAACCACCUGGAUGCACUGGGCCUGCUGCACUCCACGUUCCCAGAUCAGGAGCUGAGACGCACAGCUGUCCAGUGGAUGGACUCCAUCUCGGAUCCCGAGCUGCUGGACUUCCUGCCUCAGCUGGUGCAGGCCCUGAAGUACGAGUGCUACCUGGACAGCCCCCUGGUGCGCUUCCUGCUGCGGAGAGCCAUGGGAGACCUGCGAAUCGCACACUACCUUUUCUGGCUGCUGAAGGACGCCCUCCAGGACUCCCAGUUCAGCGUGCGCUAUCAGUACCUGCUGGCGGCGCUGCUGUGCUGCUCGGGCCGCGGGCUGCGGGAGGAGUUCGACCGGCAGUGCUGGCUGGUCACCAUUCUGGCCAAGGUGGCCCAGCGUGUGCGGGACGCCUCCCCCUCUUCCAGACAGGCCAUCUUGCGGGAGGGGCUGGAGGAGGUGCAUCAGUUUUUCUCCAUCAGCAGCAGCUGCCGACUCCCCCUGAACCCGGGCCUGCUGGUGCAAGGCAUCAACAUCCAGUCCUGCUCCUACUUCAAUUCAAAUGCCGUCCCACUCAAGCUCUCCUUCCAGAACCUGGACCCCUUGGGGGACAACAUCAACGUCAUCUUCAAGUCAGGGGACGACCUGCGGCAGGACAUGCUGACCCUGCAGAUCAUCCGCAUCAUGAACAAGAUCUGGAUCCAGGAGGGGCUGGACAUGCGGAUGGUCAUCUUCCGCUGCUUCUCCACGGGCCGGGGGCGAGGCAUGGUGGAGAUGAUCCCCAAUGCAGAGACCCUGCGGAAGAUACAGGUGGAGCAUGGGGUCACGGGUUCCUUCAAGGACCGCCCACUCGCUGACUGGCUGCAGAAACACAACCCCACCGAGGACGAGUACGAAAAGGCCGUGGAGAACUUCAUCUACUCGUGCGCAGGAUGCUGCGUGGCCACCUACAUCCUGGGCAUCUGCGACCGGCACAAUGACAACAUCAUGCUCAAGACCAGCGGCCACAUGUUCCACAUCGACUUCGGCAAGUUCCUGGGCCACGCACAAAUGUUUGGCAACAUCAAACGGGACCGGGCGCCCUUCGUCUUCACCUCAGACAUGGCGUACGUCAUCAAUGGGGGUGACAAGCCAUCCAGUCGCUUUCAUGACUUUGUGGACCUGUGCUGUGAGGCCUACAACCUCAUCCGCAAACACGCCCACCUCUUCCUCAACCUGCUGGGGCUGAUGCUGUCCUGUGGCAUUCCGGAGCUCUCUGACCUGCAGGACCUGAAGUACGUCUACGACGCCCUACGACCACACGAGUCUGAGGCGGACGCCACCAUGUACUUCACCAGGCUCAUUGAGUCGAGUCUCGGCAGCGUGGCCACCAAGCUCAACUUCUUCAUCCACAACCUGGCGCAGAUGAAGUUCGCCUCCUCGGAGGAGCGCCCCGUGCUGUCCUUCGCCCCGCGCAUCCACACCCUCAAGAGCGACGGGCCCAUCCGUAGCCUCUUCGUGUUGCGCCACAUCAAGACCUACAGCCCCAAUAAGGGAUAUACCUAUGUGGUGAAGGUGGAGCGUGAUGGCCAGCAGGGGGCGACGCUGGUCCAAAGGAGCUUUGAGGAGUUCCACGAGCUGCACAGCAAACUGCGCCUCAUCUUCCCCUCUUCCAAACUUCCCAGCUUCCCCAGCCGAUUUGUGAUUGGCCGGUCGCGAGGGGAGGCCAUGGCAGACCGGAGGAAGGACGAGCUGAAUGGAUACGUGUGGCAUCUGGUCCACGCCGCACCCGAGGUUGCACAGUGCGAUCUGAUUUACACCUUUUUCCACCCCCUGCCGAGAGACGAGAGGCCGGGGACUGUUGUCAACACCCUCCAGAACAAAACAGCAGAGGUGUCCUGGGUGCCCGUCACCGGAAGAGUUGUGGGCGAGGUCAAGCUCUCCAUCUCCUACAAGAGCGAUAAGCUGUUCAUCAUGGUCAUGCACAUCCGAGGGCUGCAACCCCUGCAGGAUGGAACAGACCCGGAUCCCUACGUCAAACUGUACCUCCUCCCAGAUCCGCAAAAGACCAGCAAGAGGAAGACCAAGGCAGCAAGGCGCACGUGCAACCCUACCUACAACGAGAUGCUGGUGUACGACGGCAUCCCUCGGGGAGACCUGCAGCAGAGGGUGAUCCACCUGAGGGUGUUGAGCGAGGGGUCCUUCUGGGAGAACACCCUGCUGGGAGAGGCCUUCAUCCCGCUCAAGACCCUGACGCCCGGCCACCGCUGGGUCGACUGGCACCAGCUGGGCACUGGUGGUCAGGAUGCUGCACGCUAGGAGAAGAUGGGGGAUGGGGCGGAGAGGAGUGCGAGGACAGUGUGUGUGUGUGUGUGUGUGUGUGUGUG